CGGGGGAUCCUGCAGCAGCGGCGGAGCCAUUCCCGCGUUCCCUCUGGCUUGCAGCGGAGAGGAGCGGGUGGGAAGGGAAGCCCUGGUCGGUCUGCAAUGCCCAGAAGCGGAAAGUGAGGUUUGCACGGGGGACUUCUUCUCUGCCUGGUCUAUUUGCAACCCGUCGAGGCGGGUCGGGGAGAGCCUCCGUCCGGCGCCCUCGUUGGCACGCUCUGCCGCGGGGGGAGGAGGAGGAGGAGGACGAGGCGCAGGAUGAUCGUGGCCGCGGCGGCGGACCGGAACAAGGAGCCCAUCCUGCGGGUGCUGAGGCAGUACGUGAGCCCCAGCCGGCCGCAGGUGGACGCCCUGGAGGUGGCGUCGGGCUCCGGGCAGCACGUGGUCCACUUCGCCCAGGCCUUGCCCAACGUCCGCUGGCAGCCCUCGGAGGUGGACGCCCAGUGCAUGCAGAGCAUCGCAGCGUUCACCCGGGCCCUCUCCCUCCCCAAUGUCAAACCGCCCGUCUUCCUCGACGCGUCCGGGAGCUGGGAGACAUGGGGGCUGAGGCCCGGCUCUCUGGACCUCGUGGUCAACAUCAACAUGAUCCAUAUCUCAGACGUCUGCUGCACUGAGGGCUUGUUCAAAGGAGCCGGGAAGCUGCUAAAGCCCAGCGCAGUGAUGGUCACAUAUGGGCCUUACGCUGGCAACGGCUGCAUCCCCCCCCAGAGCAACGUGGACUUUGAUUACAGCUUACGGCAGAGAAAUCCAGCCUGGGGCCUGCGGGACACGGCCUUCCUGUGGCAACUGGGUGAGGCCAACGGACUGCACCUGGAGCGGAUGGUCGACAUGCCAGCAAAUAACAAGUGCCUGGUCUUCCGUAAAGAGUGAGCUGUCCGGAGGGGAGUGUCCGGUGUCGGGUUCCGUUGUGGCUGAUGUUAUACCCCAGGUGCCCCUUUCUGCUCAGGAGCAGCUCACCUGCCCAGCUUGGAACGGUGUUCGGCAGUGUCCCGUGUACCUGGCUGCCGUUGUGGCGCGCAUGGCUGAGCUUGCGCCUCCGAAUUUUUUUGCAGGAAUAAGAACUUCUCCUGCUGCCGCCGGAGGGAUUCGGGUGUGAAUUUGGGUGAGAAAGUGGGACCAUUUGAAAGUGAGCUUUUUGGUAUAAUGUUCUUGGGCUAAAAUCCUCAUGUUGUCUUGCUUGCCACGGUUGGAUUAAAGACACACCCCCCCCAACAGCA